AUGCUGGUGACGGCGCUGACGGUGGGCCGCUGGGGGCGGCGGCCCGUCAUGCUGGCGCUGGGCCCGCCGUGCGCCGUCGGCUGGGCGCUCGCCGCCUUCGGCCGCGGCCUGCCCAUGCUGCUCGCCGGCCGCGUCCUCACCGGCUUCUGCGGCGGCGCCUUCUGCGGGGCCGUGCCCAUCUACACGGGAGAGAUCGCCGAGAAGCAGAUCCGAGGCGCGCUCGGGGUCUUCUUCCAGCUCCUCCUCACCUGUGGUAUACUGUACGUGUACGUGGUGGGAAAGGCGGUGUCGCUGCAGACGCUGGGGCUGGCGUGCGGCGCGGUGCCCGUCGCCUUCACGGUGCUGUUCUUCUUCGCGCCCGAGACGCCGCUCUACCUGCUGGGCCGCGGCCGCCGCGAGGACGCCAUCGCGGCGCUGCGCUGGCUGCGGGGGCCGGCCGCAGACAUCUCGGGGGACCUCGCCGAGAUGGACGAGGUGAUAACGUCGGCCAAGCAGCGGAAAGGCGGCGUGCUGUCCCUGGUGAGGUCCCGCGCUGCGGUGAAGGGCCUGGCCACUGGGGUGGGUCUCAUGAUCUGCGAGCAGCUGUCCGGCGUCAACGUCCUCAUCUUCUUCUCCGUCAGCAUCUUCGCCAGCGCCGGCAUCGCCCUCGACGCCAACACUUGCUCCAUCAUACUGGGCUGCGUUCAGGUGCUGUCGACGCUGGCGUCUGCGCUGGUGGUGGACCGCGCGGGGCGCCGUCCGCUGCUGCUGGUGUCCCACGUGGGCAUGGCGGCCAGCAUGGCGGGCGUGGGCGCCUUCUUCCACGUGCGCGACACGGGUUCGGCCGCGGGGUUGGGCUGGCUGCCCGUCACCUCCACAUGCGCCUUCCUCUUCUUCUUCUCCAUCGGCUCCGGGCCGCUGCCCUGGGCCAUCCUCGGCGAGGUCUUCCCCGACGAAGUGAAGCCCGCUGCCACGGCCAUCGUGGGCGCCACCAACCUCAUCCUCGUCUUCGUCGUAGCCAAGUCGUACGCCAACCUCGUGGAGGCUUUUGGCGUCGCCGUCACCUUCUGGAUAUACGGCGUCAUCUGCUUCGCCGGCGCCGUCUGGAUCUUCUUCUUCGUCAUCGAGACCAAGGGGAAGACUCUGGAGCAGAUCCAGCGCGAGCUGUCCGGCCGCCACGAUCAGGACGCGCAGAGCGACUCGACUGCCGACGAAUUCCGCCUGAAGUAA